GUGGGCGGCCUUGUUUUGUGGGGAGUCGUCGCCUAGCUAGCAGCGGAUAAGCAGGCAGCAGCAGAAGAGCGAGCAGAGAGAGCGGCUGAGUGAGAGAGAGAACAGCGAGCUCUCGGAGGAGAAGGAGAUCGUCAUGGGGAGGGGACGAGUUGAGCUGAAGCGGAUCGAGAACAAGAUCAACCGCCAGGUCACCUUCUCCAAGCGCCGCAACGGCCUGCUCAAGAAGGCGUACGAGCUCUCCGUGCUCUGCGACGCCGAGGUCGCGCUCAUCAUCUUCUCCAGCCGCGGCAAGCUCUACGAGUUCGGCAGCGCCGGCAUAACUAAAACACUAGAAAGGUAUCAACAUUGCUGCUACAACGCUCAAGAUUCCAAUGGUGCACUCUCUGAAACUCAGAGCUGGUACCAGGAAAUGUCAAAACUGAGGGCAAAAUUUGAAGCCUUGCAGCGCACUCAGAGGCACUUGCUCGGGGAGGACCUUGGCCCACUGAGUGUUAAGGAAUUGCAGCAGCUAGAGAAACAGCUAGAAUGUGCUUUGUCACAGGCAAGACAGAGAAAGACACAACUUAUGAUGGAGCAAGUGGAAGAGCUUCGCAGAAAGGAGCGUCACCUGGGAGAAAUGAACAGGCAACUCAAACACAAGCUUGAAGCUGAAGGUUCUAGCAACUACAGAACCUUGCAGCAUGCCGCCGCCUGGCCAGCUCCCGGCGGCACCAUCGUGGAGCAUGACGGCGCCACGUAUCAUGUUCAUCCACCUGCUCACUCAGUUGCUAUAGACUGUGAACCCACUCUGCAAAUUGGGUACCCUCAUCACCAGUUUCUGCCUUCUGAUCAGGCAGCCAAUAAUAUCCCAAGGAACGCCCCCGGAGGCGAGAACAACUUCAUGCUGGGAUGGGUUCUUUGAGUUGUUCUCUCAAUCCAUCCAUCAGAUGGGCAAUCAUGUUGAAACAAAUAAAAGGCAUUCAGUGUUGUAUAUGCAUGCAUAUUCAUGCUCAAGUGCUUGAUUUGCUACGAUGGGAUAUCUUUUAAAUUUAUCGUUCUGGUGUGUAAUAACUAAUUAAGAACGGCACCUUCAUUCUGUGUGGUUGUGGUGUGGCACUUCUAUGUUUUUUUUUUUCAUUUGGACCAUGAAUCUUGUAAUUUGUAAAAAUACAUCUAUGCUGGUGGUGCAUAGGAUCCAAAAUUAUCUGCAACGGUACUUAUAUGCUGAUGCAAGAUUCAGCACCAUUUGGAUCA